GAAUGGGAAGUUAGUUGGACUUUGGUUCCGGACCGGAUCAGGGUUCUAAAUGAAGGCCGUGAUUCUCGCCGCCGGGUUCGGAACCAGACUGCAGAGGGACGUCUCCUCUGAUGCCAGCGGCAGGUUCGGCCACCUGAUCGGGGUUCCGAAGCCGCUGCUGCCGGUGGCUCAGUGUCCGCUAAUCAGCUACUGGAUCCGGGCUCUGAGGCGCUCCGGAACCGCGGACGGGAUCUAUGUGGUGACCAACGCUCUGCACCACGCUGCCUUCCAACAAUGGGCCGAAGAGUUUCCAGACGUCCAAGUCCUGUGUGACCAGACCAGAACCAAUGAGGAGCGUCUGGGCGCCGUGGCCUGCCUGCAGCUGGCUGUCAGACACUUCCACAUCCGGGACCGAGUCAUGGUUAUCGGGGGUGACACACUCUUCAGGGAGGACUUCAGUCUGCGGGCGGUGGAGCAGAGAGUCUGUGAGCUGCAGGCGGAGAGCGAGGACAGCUGCCUGGUCCUUUCCUAUCGGUGCCGAGACCAAGAGACCCAGAAGUACGGGAUCCUGGAAGUGGAGGAGAACCUCCGCGUUCGCUGUAUGAAGGAGAAGCCGCAGCCCUCAGAGACAGAGUCCAGGAGAGCGUGUCCCUGUUUCUACGUGUUCUCCAGUAGCAGCCUUCCUCUGCUCCACGCCUUCCUGGAGGAGAAGAAGGACGCUCCGAUCGAGGCCAGAGACGCUCCGGGAAACUUUGUCUCCUGGCUCAUUCCCAGGAAACUGGUCCAUGUUCUGGAGGUAUCGGGUCGCUUUGACGUGGGGAACCUGCCGUCCUACCUGGAAUGUGACCGCUACUUCAGGGAGGAGCUCCAGGAGGUCCAGUCCUACAUGGUGUAGGAGAACCGGACCAGAACCUUCUGCAAUAAAAUGAUCCAGAACCUUCUGCAAUAAAAUGAUCCAGAACCUUCUGCAAUAAAAUGAUCCAGAACCUUCUGCAAUAAAAUGAUCCAGAACCUUCUGCAAUAAAAUGAUCCAGAACCUUCUGCAAUAAAAUGAUCCAGAACCUUCUGUAAUAAAAUGAUCCAGAACCUUCUGUAAUAAAAUGAUCCAGAACCUUCUGCAAUAAAAUGAUCCAGAACCUUCUGUAAUAAAAUGAUCCAGAACCUUCUGUAAUAAAAUGAUCCAGAACCUUCUGCAAUAAAAUGAUCCAGAACCUUCUGCAAUAAAAUGAUCCAGAACCUUCUGUAAUAAAAUGAUCCAGAACCUUCUGUAAUAAAAUGAUCCAGAACCUUCUGCAAUAAAAUGAUCCAGAACCUUCUGUAAUAAAAUGAUCCAGAACCUUCUGUAAUAAAAUGAUCCAGAACCUUCUGCAAUAAAAUGAUCCAGAACUUUCUGUAA